GAAGAAGAAGAAGACGAGCAACAAGAAGAAGACGAGCAACAAGAAGAAGACGAGCAACAAGAAGAAGACGAGCAACACUAGACGAACAACACUUGACGAACAACACUAGAUGAAAAAGAAUAGACGAACAAGAACAAGAAGACGAAAAAGAACGCAAAGAUGAGUUCUCGACCGCCGUAUAAAAAGAGUAAACAGCAGCAGGAGGAAGAAACGCUAACAAACAUUUCUGGAUAUGUACAUAAUGUUUCACCUAUUAAAAUAGCAACAAACAACAGCAAAUACUUCGACGCUACAUUUCAAACUGACAAAGACGAGUACCGCCGAACAAUUGUGUUUUCUGCAGAGAAGCACGUGUCCUUUGUUCAAGCCGCGGAGAAAGCAACACUGAUUCAGCUGACUCAUGUUAGAAAGAUUUUAAGUUUUGUGGACAAAGAUGGCUUUGACAUCAAGGUAACAAGAGGAUCAACUCUACAGGUGACUGAACUACCCUUUCGAUGCAAACAACGAAACAACAAAGUGAGCUCUGUCGCUGAACUGAAAUCUUGGACCAGCACAACAGGUGCCGAUGUUAACGUCAAAAUCAGUGCAGUAAGGCCAACAGAGACUAUCAAUGUACAAGGAGUGGACAUGGAGUUGAGCAAAGCAUACGGCAGUGAUGCAACAGCAACGGUAAAGAUCAACUUGUGGAAUGACACCAUCACAGCUGUCGACUUGAACGCCACAUACAAAUUCACAAAUCUCACCACAAGAAAUGCCAACAGAAAGGUUUGGCUGAAUACAACCAAAACCAGUCAUGACAAAAAUAGCUGACAUUGAAGAAGUUGACAUUAAUUACUUGAAUGAAAUGUCUGACGAGGAGGAAACCUACCAGACCACCAAUGCUCAAAUAACAGCCAUUGAAAUCUCACAGACAUGGGAAUGUCCAAUGUGUCGCAAACCACAAAUCGAGUUUCAUAGUAAAUAUCCUACACAUCGAUGUGGAAACUGCAGACUACGACAAAUCAUUCUCUUACAAAACUAUUUCAAGGGCAACGAUGUGUCUGGAUCACACCACAAAAGUUUCUGUUUCUAAUGCUACAAUUUCCACAUAUCUGAAGAAACAAAAUCUCAUACAUUUCAGUUUAGAUGCUGACAUUUUGUAAGACCAUUUCUUACAAAAUGGACCAUUUCAAGUCAUACACACAUAUCAGUUUGCCGUUAUUGACAUCUGUCAAACAGUAGGAUCUGCCUUGCAAACCACUUCAAAGCUACUCAGUAUUAUACACCUCUGUUCUUGCACUUCCCCACAUGCUGGUGGUAAAGACAACAAUUCUGACAGCCUUUCAACUUCCGAAAACAACAUUGCAAGUUUAAUUCUCACAGACAAAGCUAUAUCUGAGACAGAAUGCACAGACAGUGACUUACUUAUGGUAUUUACUGAGAACAUAGCAAAUGAUUGAUUUUUUUUUGUUUUUGUAAAUGCUCUUGAGAAUGCUUGUGUAUUGGAACAAAUGGUUCAAGAAAUAUAUAUUUUUUAAAUUGUGAAGAGAAAUAUUCAAAAGAUGUUGCUACUUUAAAUAUAAUGUGUGAAGAGAUCUUAACAAAAUGUGACAAGAAAUAUUUUCUUUAAAUGUGUGAAGAGAAAUAUUAGUGAUGAGAAAUAAUUUCUUUGAAAGUGUGAA